UCCACCCCCUCCACUCCCGUGCUGUUGAGAAAUCUACCCAGAUUCUCAUCGGUGAGGUUCAUCCCGAAGCCUGUUCCUCCGCUUCGACACUGAGGCGAAACAACAGCGUUUAAACUGCUGGUAGAUGCCUGAGUUUUGUCUGUACUGUUUCAGCUUGAAAAGAGCUUCCUCUGUCUUCCAUCAGCAGGAAGAGAAGGCAGACUGUGAACAAACCUCGUCAUGAACUGGGCAUUCCUCCAGGGCCUCCUCAGUGGGGUGAACAAGUACUCCACAGCCUUCGGCCGAGUUUGGCUCUCUAUCGUCUUCCUCUUCAGGGUCAUGGUGUUUGUGGUGGCGGCGGAGAAGGUAUGGGGCGACGAACAGAAAGACUUCAAAUGCAACACGGCUCAGCCUGGGUGCCACAACGUCUGCUACGACCACUUCUUCCCUGUCUCCCACGUCCGCCUGUGGGCCCUGCAGCUCAUCUUCGUCACCUGCCCCUCUCUCCUGGUGGUGAUGCACGUAGCCUACAGGGACGACAGGGAGCGGAAACACCGGCUCAAGUACGGCGAGAACUGCCACCGCCUCUACCAGAACACGGGCAAGAAGCGUGGGGGCCUGUGGUGGACCUAUGUCCUUACUUUGGUCUUCAAAAUAGGUGUGGAUGCCACCUUCGUCUACCUCCUGUACCACAUCUACGAGGGUUAUGACUUCCCCUCGCUCAUCAAGUGUGAACAGAAGCCGUGUCCCAACAAGGUGGACUGCUUCAUCGCUCGGCCCACCGAGAAACGAAUCUUCACCAUCUUCAUGGUGGUCACCAGCCUGGCAUGCAUCUUCCUCUCUGUCUUAGAAAUCCUCUACCUGGUUGGGAAACGCUGCCAUGAAUGUUUCAGCUCAGUCCAGAACUCUCGCCAGGUCAUGACCAACACACUGUCCAGCGGAAGCAACUUGAUGGACUCAAACAAUCUAAAGGGGACGUGCAAAUCCACCCCUGAAACGCCUGCUCCUUCAUACUGCGUUGCCAUAUCUUGAGAUAACGGCAAUAAAGGCAAAGACUUAAUUAAGAACAAUGUCAUGGGAAAGGAAAUGUGCCUCUCCCCCCUCCACAGGCACUUCCCUCAUAGACUUGUCAGCAGACAUUUGUGUACUCAGACUCUGAACUGCUACUGAGGUAGUUCUUUACUGUUAUAAUGUUCACUGUCAGAGAAAUCCUGGACCACGAUGCAUAUGUGUCAUAGAUCUGGAAUGUGCUCACAAUUGUGGGUUUGGGUCGGAGUAUUUACAGAGACUUUUGUACAGACGAAGUUCUGCAGCCCUGGCAGAGAAAAUCAAGUUUGUGUGAUUCAGAAUUAGCCUUGAAACCAGCUAUGAGUCACUCCAUGGUUAGGAGAUGGUUUUACAAACACAUGUGGUUUUCUGUGUAAAGUUUUCCUCCUGCUCUGCGCCCAACCCUGAAAUACUUAGUUCAGGCUGUUCAACGUCUUUUCCCUUCACUCACAUGUUUACAUUUGACUCUUGUGAAUACUUUAUUUAUCAAAAAGGUUUGAAAGAUACUGCUGUUGUGCAUGUUGCUGCUCUGACCUGUUUUUAAAGUGCUUCCUGUAUACAGGGAGGAGAGAGCGAUGAAGUCCAAAUGCAGUGUUGUAAACACAGUUGUUAAUAAUAUCAGGAUGUCUCACAGUGCUGAGGUGCAGUGUGGCUGCACAGAUGUUAAUAAUAUUUUUCAUUAAAGAUGAUAUUUUCAUGUUUUGAAAACGUGUUUUUUUCAUGUUUUUUAAGACAGUUUAGAAAAGCCCAUACACAGCAGUGCACACGCCAUUUGUCAUAACAAAUGCUGUAAGAGAAAAUGUGUCUAAGCAUAGGAAGUAGAAGAACAAUGUAAGCCAAAGGGUUUGUUGAUUCUGCACAAGUUCUGUGGUUUGACAAAGAUCUCCCACUUUCCUCCUUCUUCCACUUUUUCCAUGUGUUUCAUAAAGCCCUCCCCCCUCAUCAGCGCACAGAUUGCUCUGUUGCUAAGAGCAGCUCCCUCAUUGUUUGGGUAGAUUGGUACGUUAAGACGGGCAAAGGAGGAGUCUCCCACCCCUCAGUUUGAAUCACCCGUGUUGACGAGUGUGGACCCACCCAGUGCAGGAAUUUGUCUGUCAGUGCCGCCUCUGAAUGGAUGACUCCAGUAUUUACACUACAACCUUCCAUAGAAGUGAUAUAGUGAGAAUGAAUACUCAUAUUUUCUUCUUCUUCUCUUGUGGAGCCAGUUGGAUAUUUUUAAUUCGCUCUGCUGAGGUUUGGAGAUAUCUGCCUCCACCUCAAUACCACAGAAGAGAAUAAAUAUAGCUUGUGCUGCUCGGAGCAAUAAACUAUGACAUUUUUAAAAACUCAAACAGCAAAGUGUUUUUAAACAAACGAUGAAAAGAUAAUCCGCAGGCACCUCUGUUAACAGAUGUCACUUGAACCAUUAAUAUCUAUGUCAGGUGACGGUAGUUCCGAUGAACUCUUAACAAGAGAGGUCUGUGGAUUAUCAUGGUAUAACCAGGGCCCUGUUUUCAGGAAAGACAAGCUGCUGCCGAAAAGUAAUUUUUCAUCUCCACUGUGUUUGAUGGCAGCAGGAAUGUCACAGAUGGAUAUCUGAAUGCACAAUGAGGAAGUGGAAAACUAGGUAUUUGUGGAUGAUUUGAGACUCAAGAGAACUUUAUUGUCUACACAUCCAUGUACAAGAACACAGUAUGGAUAGAAUUUUCCUUAUCUGAGGGCCAGUGGGGCAACAAUUAAAGCUCUCAAUUCAAGUGUUACGUCAGAUAUGAAGUGCAACAAGCUCUGAAAAAAUAAACAAGCUCCAGUGUGCGCAGUCUCUUUGUCUUUAUUGUUUGUCAAGGCUGACAGGGUGGUUCCUCACAUGAAGCUGACUAUCACUCUCUUUUCAAGAUCCUCCCAACACUUUUCAGGCAGUAUUCCUCCUCUCGUCCCUGCCUUCUCUGCGCUGGUACAUUUCCUUCCUUUCACAGUACCACCCCUGAUAAGUAAUGUGUUUAUCCUGUUUGUGUUGGUCGGUCUUGUUGAGACUUGCGGCUGGCAGCGGUUGAGUCAUUGGGACACAUUCCUUCCAGGUGUGUCCUGGCCAACUGCCUGGACCAGUUCUUCAUCUGGAGGCGAGAGACAACUCUUUUUUCCCUCCCCCCCCUCUCUCUGAAAUGCAAUUACUGUCAGAUGAACUGCUUUAAAUGCUGCACUUACAGAUGUUCAUGUGCCCGGGCUUUAUGGCACAGAUGAAUUUUCCUGAAAAGCACAGCUGCAGCUGAUACUUCUAACAAUACUCUGAGAGUUUUAGCUCAUGGCUGCAAGACUUCGAGAUGCAGUGUUUAAAUUUAGAGGCGCCAUAACCAAGGGUGUAAGUUUUAUUUCAACAUGAGACCAUGCUGGAAGAGGGAUCCCUCCUCAGUUGCUCCUCCUGAGGUUUCUACCAUGUUUUUUCUCUGUUAAAGGUUUAUUUUGGGGAGUUUCUUCUUAUCUGCUGUGAGGGUCCAAGGAUAGAGGGAUGUUGUAUGCUGUAAGGCCCUCUGAGGCAAAUUGUGACUGUGA